AUGCUUCGUGUGGAGCAUGAAUGUGAGCUCGAAGAAAAACACGAAGAUGUACUCUUUCUUGCCGAUCGCACUUUCUUCCAAAAAGUGCUUGAUGCUUUGCAUUAUUCGAUAAUGGCAUCAGACAAAAAUCCAGGCGCCCGCAAAUAUUUACGCAGUCAAGCUUGCAUAAUCUCGGAAAAACGACGACAUGUGCGUAAUUAUAGAUACAUCAUUCAUCCGUUCAGUAUGUUUAGAUUAUUCUGGGAUAUCACAAUGAUAUUAACGAUAACACUUUUACUGAUGACUGUUCCAUAUCACGCUGCCUUCGAAAUAAAGCGUUCGCAUAAUUGGACAAUUUUAAAAAAUUUUUUGCUUUUUCUUUGUUGUCUGGACAUAAAUGUUAAUUUUAUGACAGGAUAUUUUGACACGAAGCAUCACAUUGUUGUGAUGAAGCCAAAAAUGUUAAUAACGAGAUACAUGAAAUAUAACUUUUUUACGGAUUUGCUGGGCUCUUUUCCAACUGAUGUCGCAUUCGUUAAGAUAUGGCAGGAGUAUGCAGUUACACGCGAAUUGAUGUCUUUAAUGUGUGGAUUUCGAGCUUUUUCUCUCAGUUCUUAUAUGAAUAAAAUUGUUUACGAUUAUAAUGCUGCAGUGGCCCUCUACGAGGUCUGUAUCGUGAUAUUUUGGCUGAUGAUAGCGUUCCAAUGGCAGUCUUGCUUACACUGGCUGGUGCCAAUAGCAACGACUUCUCUGUCUUUACCGGAGCGUCCCGACGACGACUUUUGGAUACACGAGUUCAAUCUUUGGGAAGAAACUAAAUCUCGACAAUAUCUGUUCAGUCUCUUACGCGCCAUCACCGUUUUUCUCUCAUCGGGUUUCUUACACAAAAAGCCGAAAAAAGAGGCGGAUCUCAUACUAACGAUAAUAUUACAAAUUUCCGGAACUUUAACUAUCUGGAUCUUGAUAGUUCGCGUGAAGCAACUUUUUAAAGGCGUUAAUAGUUCUAAGCUAAAGUAUCAACAAAUGAUGGUACAGGUCAAACAGUAUAUGAAGCAUCGGCAAUUAUCACAUCCAACUCAACAUCGUAUCAAAGCCUAUUAUGAGUUUUGCUUUCAACAGCGUUACUUCCGCGAAAUCGAGAUUCUCAAUACUUCUACAUAUAUGCGCCAAGAGAUUAGCAUGCACGCCUGUCGCAAACUCGUAGAGAAUGUUACGUUCUUCAGAAAUCUGCCACUUUCGCUAUUGGCGCGCAUUGUCGCUCUAUUGAAAUCUGAAAUAUUUUUAACAAACGACGUGAUUGUACGGGCCAAUCAGCCGGGUAAUUGCAUGUAUUUCAUCGCUAGCGGCACGGUGGCGAUUUAUACAAAUACCGGAAAGGAAGUAUGUCACUUGGAGGAUGGCGCAUAUUUUGGGGAAAUCGCGUUAGUUAUGCCGGACGAGCGACGAGUGGCCAGUGUCAUCGCUAUCGAAACCUGUGAAUUGUAUCGUUUGGAUCGCGCUGAUUUUGUCAGAACGAUUCAUCCGUAUCCUAUGCUAUGGGAAGAAAUCAAGAAUAUUGCCAUCAAGAGACACGAAAGGACGACAGUACUCAAUACACAGUAA